GAUGCACGAAGUGAUGCUGUGACGGCAAGUGGUAAUUGUGGGGUGCGGUGUUUUGAUCCCGUAGAUUGUUUAUGUGAGGAAGCACGUCAAUGAAUACUAAGGUUCUGAAAACCUCUGCCAUCAAAGAUGCGAACAUUGUCAAGAUUGCUGUGGAAAUGGUACAUCAGGUACCUCAGUUAAUAGAGUUCAAUCAGAAGCAGCCGCUUGCAGCAAUAAUACAGGAGCUAUGCAAUGGGUGGGGACUUUCGGAGCCUGACCAGUAUGCACUGCAGUUUUCAGAAAACAACAACCAGAACUAUAUAACGGAGAAAAAUAGAAAUGAGAUUAAAAACGGAUCAGUUCUGAGAUUGACACAUUCACCAUCUACAACUGCUCAAGAGAUAUUGCAGAAACUGAACACAGGAACAAACGACGAAAAACUUGCAGCGUUACAGAGACUUGCUAAAUUAAGUACAGAUAUGACAUUUGCUUUGGAAUUCAUAAAUAAACAAGGACUUGCGUUAAUAAUAAAUAUGAUUGAGGGGGGAAAGUGUAAAAUCAACAUGUUAGCUUAUUGCUUGGCGUCCUUUGUGGAACUAAUGGACCACGGAAUAGUUUCAUGGGAUAUAUUAGAAAUACCAUUCAUAAAUAAGGUUGCCAGUUACGUGAACAAUCAGUCAGUCACACAAGAUGCAAAGGUGAUACAGGCUUCUUUGUCUAUACUCGAGAAUAUAGUAUUGAAUAGUUCGGGAAAAUAUGGACAAGUAGAAAAAGAAGUCACUUUUCCGAACUUGAUCAUGCACCUGCAAAGUCCACAUCCUGUGAUUCAACAGAAUGCCAUUGCGCUCAUUAACGCACUGUUUCUUAAAGCCGACCAUGUUAAAAGAAAAGCUGUUGCUGCUACAUUGUGUUCAAAGCAAGUCCGGAAUGUUAUAUUAAGCAACGUCAUACAAACUGUGUCAGGACAGGUAGGAACAGAAAUGGCACAUCAGUUGUAUGUUCUCCAAACAUUAACUUUGGGCCUGCUGGAGCAUCGUAUGAACACUCGCAUGGAUUCUCAGGAUCAGGAUGCACAUGACAAAAUUAAAGAAUUGCGUCGAAUUGCAUUUGAUACAGAUAUUGGAAAUUCUGGAGGUGGCGAUUUGGCAUCAAGGCGUCAACUUGGAGUUUUUGCAAAGGACUACAAGAAGCUUGGCUUCAAGCAUGACAUUAAUCCAGCUUUGGAUUUUAUGGAAACUCCUCCUGGAAUGCUGGCAUUGGAUUGCAUGGUUUAUUUUGCUCGGAACCAUACAGAGAGUUAUACUAAGGUGGUUUUAGAGAACUCAUGUCGAGCAGAUGAACACGAGUGCCCAUUUGGUCGUACAAGUGUGGAACUGUGCAAGUUGCUGUGUGAAGUUCUACGAAUAGGAGAACCACCUAGUGAACAGGGGCAAAAUUUUCAUCCAAUGUUCUUCACGCAUGAUCAUCCCUUUGAAGAAUUUUUCUGUGUUUGUAUUGUGCUGUUAAACAAGACAUGGAAAGAGAUGCGUGCAACAACAGAAGAUUUUGUUAAGGUAUUUAGUGUUGUGCGAGAACAAAUUACAAGAGCACUAGCUACUCAACCCAACAAUUUUGAAAUGUUUCGAGCAAAGCUGCAAUUGCUGACAUAUUCAGAAAUAACAAACCUGUGGCAACAGGAACGCAUGUCUCGUGAAGAGUGGGAGUCACAUGCUCGGCCAAUUGUUGAGCUUCGUGAACAAAUUACUCCUGAAAUUAUGGAACUUAUCCAACAGCAACGGCUUGGGUUUCUUGUUGAUGGCACACGAUUUACUAAAUACUCCAUGCGUGGACAGCGAAUUAAGGACAAAUUUUGGUAUGUGAGACUGUCUCCAAAUCAUAAAGUGUUUCAUUAUGGAGACUGUGAUGAAAAGAGUGUACCAUCUCUAGAAGAACUUCCAAAUAAACUAGCUGUUGUAGACAUCAAAGCAUUGGUUACAGGAAAAGAAUGCCCCCACAUGAAGGAUGUGAGGAGUCGGAAGACGACACAUCAGUUGGCGUUUUCACUUACUUUAGACUCAGUGGAACUCUCGUCACUAGAUUUUGUUGCGCCUGAUGAGCAAGUAUUUGAUUACUGGACUGAUGGAAUCAAUGCACUUUUAGGAAGUAAAAUGACAAGUAAGGAAACAGUAAGUGAUUUGGAAACACUCCUAUCAAUGGACAUAAAACUGCGACUCUUGGAUGCAGAAGGGAUUGACAUUCCACAGGAUCCUCCUCCAAUACCUGCUGACCCACCAAACUAUGAUUUUUGUUAUGAUUUGAAAUGAUAGUAACUUUUUAGAAUAUAUAGAUUUUAUGUAAUGUUCUUUAGUGAUAUUCUUACAUAUACCAAAGAUUAAUCUUAUGUCAUGAUUUUACAGCACACUCUUUUUUAAAAUUUUUAUUUAUUAUUGUUUUUAAGCAUGUAUUUAUUCUCAUUUUUAUUGAGUAUGGAUCACCGUGAAUGUUAUUAAUAAAUUAAGAAUAUUGUCAUUCCAGUCAAGUGCUCUUCAGUCAAGUAAAGCUAUAACUUAUAUUGUGAAUGGAUUACCUUUGUAUUAUGGACUAGUUAUUGUUUGUCAGUUACAAAUUUUAUGAAUAGUUUCCACAGAGAUUUAUUUUUUAAAGACUGAUAUAUGAAUUGCAACAUGUAGAAAAUGACUUUUCACUGCAACAAUUUCUGUGAGCGGAGAGUGGAAAGACCAACAAGUUAAUUAUUUCAGAAGAAAACAUCAAAUACCACAUCUUUUUAUAAGAGGAUGCAAUCUCAUUUGUUUAUAUUUCCAUCAAAAUAAGAGCUGUUGUUUUACCUAGAAAAAUGUGCUGUGCUGUAUUUUGCUAGUGAUACAGCAAAAAAUAUGGUGCUCAAUCUCCUUAUGAGCCUUAUUGCAGCCACUGGCACUGCCAUCUCAUUGUACAUGAUCUGUUUUGUGCAGUACCAUUCGUGUUCAAGAAUAAUUGUGAUUUUUGGAUAUGUUUGUAUUGAACAUUUGUACAAAGACUUUUUACCAAAACAUUCAUAUCUCAUGUAUUCCAGUAUUAUACUGUACGUAUU